UGCGCAGUUCUUUCUCUCUCUUCAUUUUUUUUUUCCUACCCAUGCUGUUGUUGCUGCUGGCGGAGCCUGAACAUCACCUGCGCGGUGUCCCCCUGUAAGAAGUAGUACUUUGCUGUUCAACAGUGAAUCUCAUCAAUUUCAGCAAACAUGGAUGAAUUGCAAGAUGUCCAGUUAACAGAAAUUAAACCUCUCUUAAAUAAUAAGAAUUCAGCCCGAAACUUCCAGGACUUUGACUGUCAAGAGCAUGAUAUAGAGACAGCUUAUGGAGUUGUCCAUGUCACUAUGCGGGGCACUUCAAAAGGCAAUCGACCCGUCAUCCUAACUUAUCAUGAUAUUGGCCUCAACCAUAAGUCCUGCUUCAAUACUUUCUUCAAUUUUGAAGACAUGCAGGAAAUCACACAACACUUUGCUGUAUGCCAUGUUGAUGCACCUGGACAACAAGAAGGGUCUCCUCCUUUCCCUUCUGGAUAUCAGUAUCCUAGUACUGAUGAACUCGCUGAAAUGCUUCCUGCUGUUCUUAUGCACCUGAGCCUAAAAAGUGUAAUUGGAAUAGGAGUUGGAGCUGGUGCCUAUAUUCUCAGCAAGUUUGCGUUGAAUCAUCCAGACUUGGUAGAAGGCUUAGUGCUAAUUAAUAUUGAUCCAUGCGCAAAAGGUUGGAUGGAUUGGGCAGCAUCCAAGUUUUCUGGAUGGACAACUAACAUUGUGGAUAUUGUUUUAGCUCAUCAUUUUGGCCAUGAAGAACUGCAGGCUAAUUUGGAGAUAAUUCAGACAUAUAGACUUCACAUCGGACAAGAUAUCAAUCAGGAAAACCUUCAGCUCUUUGUUACCUCCUAUAACAGUCGUAGAGAUCUGGAUAUUGAAAGACCAAUCUUGGGUACGAAUGAAGAACCAGCAAAAACACUCAAGUGCCCUGCCUUAUUAGUAGUUGGAGACAGCUCUCCUGCAGUUGAGGCUGUGGUUGAAUGCAAUUCACGCCUAGAUCCAAUAAAUACAACACUCCUGAAGAUGGCAGAUUGUGGGGGAUUGCCCCAAGUUGUUCAGCCUGGGAAGCUAACUGAAGCUUUCAAAUACUUUGUUCAAGGAAUGGGUUACAUCCCUUACAUGCAGCUCAGUCACCUGAACACUGAGCCAGUGCCGUCUGCAAGCAUGACCAGGUUGAUCCGUUCCCGGACCCAGUCCUCUUCAAGUGUAGGUUCAGGAGAAAGCGCUCAAGCAAGGUUUCAAGCCAACAACCUAAGGGAGGUGAGCAUGGGAAUACCUGAAACUACUGAAGUCCAAGGCAGUCCUCAGACUAUGGAAGUAUCCUGUUAAGCAAGCAUCCAGACCAUUCCUUGUCUCUCUUUUCUGCACCCAUCCAACAAGUGGCAUUAACAGGUUUCCCCCCCCCCCCCUCAUUAUGCCUGCUAACCUUUCACCUGUCUCUUUGGUAUUAUAUUGAGUUAUGUUUGUACAGAAACUUUUAGCUGCCUACAGAUGUACCAAACAAUAGCUGCUUGGAGGUACAGAAGUUAUUUUUGAGCUCUGAUAUUUUUUGGCAGGCUCUAGAUCGAAAGAUGGGUCUCUCCUUUUGCCUUUCUCCCCCUCCCCCCAAGGAAACUGCCCAUUUUGGUUUCAUUCCUUCCACAUCUCCAUCACACCUUCCUUUUUUUCUGCUUGAAAUACUUGGUGCUCUUUAAAAGAUGUUCCCCGGUGUGGAGGUGGUGGUAGUUUUGAUUUCUUAAAAAGGGCAGUUUGGUUCAGCCAGUUAAUUCUAUGUGCAGAACCUUGCUCUGUAACAAUGCAAGGGAAAUAAAUAUUUUCAUGGUGGCGCAAGGGCUUGCUAAUUAAUGCUGUAUAAAUCCAAAUUUAGCUUGUUCUCAGUUAAAUAUGAAGAAAUACUGUGUGUGUCAUAAGUGUGGUAAAUGCGCUUCCACAGUGGGCUUGCCACUGAAAUUGUAUACAUCUGUAUGCAUCCAUUAACUACUAACUUCAAUUGGUGCUAGGCAAGAUGAAGAUGUCUUCAUUUCCCCUGGCCUCCUGUGCUAUCUGAUCCUCUGAGAACAGUGUGUCUCUCCUGUCUUCUCGAAAUUCAGAUGAUCAUUUUUGUGUUUUUUUCACAUGGAAUUGGUUUCUAGUGUGCUUCUGCUGAAAGACGUUAAGGCUUUUGACUGUGGUCCUAACAGUGUCUUUGGAGUUCUGAUUAGAGAGGACACCUUUGAUUCAUAACUCCCAAGAGCGGAUCUAUUUCUGUAGGACACCUUUGAUUCAGAACUCCCAAGAGCGGAUCUAUUUCUGUUCAAAUUCUUGAGAUCGUAACAUAAUGUAUGAGUUGUACAAGAAUUCUAUCUUUCAUAACUGAGCAGGAGAAAGGAAGCUCUUUCCUGUUGGUUUAUUCAGGAGCAUCUCUCACUAGGACAAUUAGGUUGCAAGGAGAAUGAGGCAGCUCUCAAAUUUAGCCAGCUUAAUUUCCAACAAAGAGGGUGUACUAGUCAACUGUGUGUAAAGGAUUUUUACACACUAUAAAAAUAGGUAAAGUUACAUUAUAGCAGAUUUAGAAAUAGAACCAGAUGAUAUUUAGUAUAAUUCCCAACACAUACAUAAUUAGGUCCUGAAGCUGAAAACAAAACAAAAAAAUUCCAAAGUUGAAAAAAGAUGUUAAGCAAAAUAUCUUAAUUUUCUCAAGUGAUCAGUAACUUUGACAAUAAAUUAUGCGCCUUUAAUUUCUAAAGGGAAUUAAAUGUACUAGUUCAGAGAUAUAUUUAUAGUUAUUGAAAUAAGAUAAACUAUAUUGAACAACUGAAUUCUAAAUUCUGGUUUAUGAAUAGUUGAGUGAGUAAGAAGGAAAUGCUAUUCACAUUGAUCCUAAAGUAAACCUCAUUGAGUUUGAUGGGUUUCAUUCCCAUCUAAGUGUAUGUGGGCACUGAAGACUAAUCUUGAAUGAAUAUAUAUAAAAUGGGAACGUAUUCAUUCCAUAUUUGAAAGACUAGCUCAACAUUUAUUAAUUAUAAUGCUAAUUCUAUAUCUAUGAAAGAUCAUUUGGUUCUUUAUGUAAAUUUUCCUCCACUAUUUUCAUUAAAUAAAUAUUUUACUAUGGACUAUUAGAGAUUUUUUUUCUGUUAACUUAGAAGGAAAAUAAUAUGU